AUGGCGUUCCAACCAGUAAAUCCAAAACCUUUUCUUCAAGAAUUGACAGGUAAACCUGUGAUUGUUAGAUUAAAAUGGGGAAUGGAAUAUAAAGGAUAUUUAGUAUCGGUAGAUUCUUACAUGAAUUUGCAGUUGGCUAAUACAGAAGAAUUUAUUGAUGGAAAUUCGACUGGUGCAUUGGGAGAAAUAUUAAUUAGAUGUAAUAACGUAUUAUACAUUCGAGGAAUCGAAGAAGACACGGAAAUGGGAGGAACCUAA